AUAUCUCAAGAAGAUAUCUCUCUCUCUCUCUCUCUUCUCUCUUUUCUUCUCUUCUCUCUCUCUCUCUCUCUCUGAACCACAGGAAUCUGUGACUCCGUUAUGGACAGUAUGGAUUCGAAACCAGUUUUGAACGACGACCCCUCGGUCACUCUGACCAUUCGCCUGAUUAUGCAAGGCAAGGAGGUCGGGAGCAUCAUUGGGAAGAAAGGAGAGAUUGUCAAAAGGUUCCGUGAAGAGUCUGGCGCGAAGAUCAACAUCUCGGACGGCUCGUGCCCGGAACGAAUAGUGACGGUGACCGGGCCGACGAACUCGAUCUUCAAAGCGUUCACCCUGAUCUGCAAAAAGUUCGAGGAAUGGUGUUCCCAGUUCCACGACAUCCAGGGGAGCGGCGGCGUGCCCAGGCCGCCCAUCACCCUCAGGCUGAUCGUGCCCGCGUCCCAGUGCGGCUCCCUGAUCGGCAAGGGUGGGUCCAAGAUCAAGGAGAUCCGCGAGGUGACCGGCGCCUCGAUCCAGGUCGCCUCCGACAUGCUGCCUAAUUCGACGGAGCGUGCGGUCACCAUAUCGGGCACCAGCGAGGCCAUCACGCAGUGCAUAUAUCACAUCUGCUGUGUUAUGCUAGAGUCCCCUCCCAAAGGUGCCACGAUCCCUUAUCGCCCCAAACCCCAAGUUGGUGGGCCAGUGAUCCUGGCUGGUGGGCAAGCCUACACCAUCCAGGGUAAUUACGCGGUGCCCGCCCACUCGGACGUAAGUACAGUAUUGCCAUUGCCCGCGCCCGCUGCCGGGCCCACCCCGCCCUCGCUGAACACCCAAACUUUGACGACUUCGCCCUUCGCGGCCCACCCCUCAUCCUCGGCCUUCGCCGCUUCUCACGGGCAUCCGCUCCUAUCCACGGCCCACCUUACAACACCCCAUCAUCCCCUCCACCCGAGCCCCUUACACGCCAGCGUGGCAGGCCUCGCCGACCCCCUGCUGAAGAGUGGACACUUGCAGGCAGCCCUCCCGCCCGCACACCUCGUGGCAGACGCCAUGGGCAAACUUGGUAGCAAUCCAUUGGCUGGGCUCGCUGCUCUUGGCCUCGGAGGCCUUGCCACUCCUGCCAACACUGGCGGAUUAAACCCUGCAGCAUUAGCAGCGCUUGCUGGUAGUCAACUACGUACCAGCAAUACGAAUAGGCAACAACCAGCAGCGAACAAUCAGACGCACGAGAUGACCGUGCCAAACGAGCUGAUCGGUUGUAUCAUCGGCAAAGGUGGCACCAAGAUCGCUGAGAUUCGUCAAAUCUCCGGUGCCAUGAUCAGAAUUAGCAACUGUGAGGAGAGGGAGGGUGGCGCCACGGACCGUACAAUCACCAUUACUGGAAAUCCGGACGCUGUGUCAUUGGCACAGUAUCUCAUCAGUAUGAGUGUUGAACUGCAGAAAGCUAACCUAGAGGCCCAAAAUACCCAAACCCCUGGCAGCGGUACCACUCCCGGGGCAUCCGGGGCCAGUGCUUCUCCCUCUACCACCACUACCACUGCCUCUCCCUUGGCCAGCGCCAUUCCCUUGGCUCAGCUGCUAAGCAAGCCAGGCGCCCUCAACGCCCUCUCUAGCCUCACCGCCCUCGGCGGACUCACGGAAUUGCUAGGUGGCGCUGCUGGCGCGGCUGCAUCCGCGCUACCUGUCCAGACAACCGGCGUGCACCGGUCGCACAAGUUCACGCCGAGGCUACGUAGCCCAGGCGCACCCGGGCCCACUGACAGCGGAAAAUUCAAAUCCGAGCGCACCAAGUACAACCCGUACUGAGCAAGUGAUGGACAACAGGUGGAGAGACGCGAGAUCAGGGAGAUCAUUACACGUACACGCAUUACUCAUCACGACUACCACCACAAUUAUUACCAAUACCACUAUAAUCACAACCACCAAGAUCAUGAUAUGUACACGGAACACGAGAUUUACAUCGGAGAAAAGUGCGUACGGACGCCAGGGUAGCGCGAGUCCGGAUAUUCAAGACUUGGCUAAGGAUCGGACCAACAUAUGCUAGUUUCUCACAGGAGUGCACACAGCGCCGCCAUGCUGAUGUAACGAUGCGUACAUUUAUUCGUAGGGGUAAGACGCGCGACGAUCGAUUCGAUCGCGGAUCGAGCAAUUCCUUUUUUUUCUUUUUUUUUUCUUUUUUUUAAAUAUUUCUCACGAUCAUUCAUUGUUUGAUCCGUCGUUUUUUUUUUUCUGACUCUUUCUAAUUAUUUUUCGAAGAGAAAUUUGGAAAUGACACGAGGCGAGAUCCGAUGCUAAGUCUUCGGACCUUCACACUAAGUGCGACACGCCCUCCGAGUUUGAUGAAUCUUUUAUCUUCUCUUAUCGCGUACCUUAUUGCUUAAGGAACUGAUUUUAAUUUUUUUUUUUUUCUUUUUUGUUUCUUAUAUUUUUGCUGUUUUCAUAAAUAUAAUAUAUUUAGUUUUCGAGAACUGUAAUA